GUUUCGUCAGUUUCAGUUGGCGAGCGCAAGCGGCCGGACGACAAAAGCGUGGGGAAGGUGACGAAAGCGCAAGGAAAUAAACAAGUUUUGCGUAAAAUUUACAAUACUAUAUUCAUAAAUCAUUAAGUAAAAAUAAAGCAAAUAUGAGCGGGAAAGCUGAUAUUGCACUCAUUGGCCUAGCUGUCAUGGGUCAAAAUCUCAUAUUGAAUAUGGACGAGAAGGGCUUCGUGGUUUGUGCAUACAAUCGUACCGUAUCGAAGGUGCAAGACUUUCUAAACAACGAGGCCAAAGGCACCAAAGUGAUUGGCGCCGAAUCACUGAAGGACAUGGUCGACAAGCUGAAAACGCCACGCAAAGUCAUGUUGCUGGUCAAGGCUGGCAGUGCUGUAGAUGAUUUUAUUGGCCAGCUCGUGCCGUUGUUGUCGCCGGGCGAUGUCAUCAUUGAUGGCGGCAACUCUGAAUACCAGGACACGACGCGACGCUGCGAAGAGCUGGAGAAGCUGGGCAUACUCUAUGUCGGCUCUGGCGUGAGUGGCGGCGAGGAGGGAGCACGAAAUGGGCCAUCUCUAAUGCCAGGCGGUAAUGCGGCUGCCUGGCCACUGAUCAAGCCCAUAUUCCAGGCCAUUUGUGCCAAGGCCGAUGGCGAGCCCUGCUGCGAGUGGGUGGGCGAUGCGGGCGCCGGCCACUUUGUGAAGAUGGUGCACAACGGCAUCGAGUAUGGCGACAUGCAGCUCAUCUGCGAGGCAUACCACAUCAUGAAGAAGCUGGGUCUCACGUCACCUCAAAUGUCCGAGGUGUUUGGCCAGUGGAACAGCACCGAGCUGGACUCAUUCCUCAUCGAGAUCACACGGGAUAUAUUGAGCUACAAGGACAGCGAGGGAUACCUGCUGGAUCGCAUACGCGACACGGCUGGCCAGAAGGGCACGGGCAAAUGGACUGCGAUAGCGGCGCUGCAAUACGGCGUGCCCGUCACACUGAUCGGCGAGGCCGUCUUCUCGCGCUGCCUGUCCGCUCUGAAGGAUGAGCGCGUUGCGGCCAGCGGCGUGCUGAAAGGACCCAGCUGCAAGCCCUGCGUGCCGGACAUUAAGAAAUACCUGAAUGGCAUCAAGUACGCGCUCUACUGUGCAAAGAUCGUCAGCUAUGCCCAAGGCUUUAUGCUGAUGCGCGAGGCAGCCAAGGAGAACAACUGGAGUCUAAACUAUGGCGGCAUCGCGCUGAUGUGGCGCGGCGGCUGCAUCAUACGCAGCGUCUUUCUGGGCAACAUCAAGGAUGCGUACACCCGCCAGCCGACACUCUCGAAUCUGCUGCUCGACGACUUCUUCAAGCGCGCCAUUCAGCAGGGCCAGAGCUCGUGGCGUGAGGUGGUGGCCAAUGCCUUCCUCUGGGGCAUCCCUGUGCCCGCUCUGUCCACGGCCCUGAGCUUCUACGAUGGCUAUCGCACGGCCACGCUGCCGGCAAAUCUGCUGCAGGCGCAGCGUGACUAUUUUGGGGCCCACACCUACGAGCUGGUGAACAGGGAGGGGGAGUUCCAUCAUACCAAUUGGACGGGCACCGGCGGCAAUGUUUCGGCCAGCACCUAUCAGGCAUAGAGAUACCAACCACAUUCCAAGUUUACAGUUAACCUUGAUUUUUUUUUUCGUAUACUCGUAAUAACAAA